AUGAGGUGGCUCGACGACACAAUAUACUACACCUGCUGCUUCGUGGUCAUUCUUCACUCUCUUUCGGCACUGCUAGUCAUAACGCAUGGCCGAUGCGGCGUGUACGCGGCGGCUUUCCUCGUCGCGUGUGCCAUGUGGGUUGAUCUAACGGCGCUGAACCUAUGGUUCUUCCUGCCGACCAUCGUCCAUGAAGCACCGAACAUUGAGCUCAAUCUUGGCGGCACGUUGUGGGAGGAUGUAUCAAAUCUAGUUCAGACGGUUUUCCUCAGCACAGCGGCAACCUACCUAUAUAUGAUGCUCUUUGGUUGGUUCGUGGGGUCCAUGUCGCUGUCUAAUGCGCUCUCAAUGUGGCAGGGGGAGGGAUGCGAUGCCAUGGAUUCACACUGCCACACGGGUAUAUCUGGGCGCGUGAUACGGCUUGCACACCUCGCUGAGGCGUAUGUUGGGAUCAGGGACGUUGGGUAUCUACCUUUCCUGGAAGAUGAAGAGACACAGACGCGAUCGGCAGGGAGCUGUUUGUUUAUCGUGCCACGGUGGCUGCAUCCGUGCUAUGUGACGAUUCUGUCGCCUCCCAUCAAGUUGCUCGGGGAGCGGAACCAGACCAGGGUCCGCGGAGAGAAGAUGUGA